UGUUCUAAUAAUCACAUGGUCCUUUAUUUGAAAUCUGGCACAUAUUAACAACUUGGCAAUAACAAGGGUUUUCUAGGAACGGAUACCAUGUGUAGUCACAUCGAGAAAGGAUAUAGUAUACUGAAAUUUCAAUGACAUUCAAUGAUGCAAAAAACAUUAAAAAAAGAGAGUGAAAUAAGACAAUAACUCUUUUCAAAUCAUUAAGGACGUUUGUUGGUGAGUUUGAAAGACAAAAAUCCAAAACAAGUUAUAUCAUGCCAGGAAUAUAUACGUCAUUGUAGUUCAUUGUACAGUUCGUGAAUGAAUGUUGUAUGGAAAUACAUACAUGAAAGUCAUUCCUCAGAACGACCAAAUCACAUUGCAUAUUAUUUUGUAUGCAAUAAAUGGCACAAAGGAGAGUUUCUAUAUCAACAUGCCAAGCGCAGUCACCAAAGAGACGUUCUAUAUCUAUAACAUAUUCAAGUUGUGAUUAUAAUGGAGAGAAGGAUCACCAUUCCAACUCUAAAUCAUUCAGCGAGGAGUCGUGCAUGUAUCGCGAAAAACAGAGUUUUACACAAAACAGGAAAUUCGACAGCAGGUUCUCAUAUCUAAGAACAUUCGACAACAGUGAAGAGUUUUUGAGCGAUCAAGAACAAAAGUUUCAAGAGAAAAGAAAACUGUACAUCCAAAUUGCUUUACAAAACUUACUUCAUACAGACUUGAAGGUUGAUGAUGUACCACAUAUUGCGGUGAUGGGAUCUGGUGGAGGAUACAGAGCUAUGGUAGCCAUGUCCGGGAUAAUUAAUGCCCUUUAUGAUACAAAAGUUCUUGAUUGCAUCUUGUAUACUGCUGUGUUGUCUGGCUCUUCAUGGUUCAUUUCAACGUUAUAUUCUCAUCCUGAGUGGCCAAACAUUCAUCCAAAGGAUAUUCAAAACGAAUUGAAAAAUGAUAUAUCUAAAAACCCUAAAAGCAUAUCGAAAAUAUUGGCAUAUGGUUGGGAUUGGUUUUGUAAAAAAUGGAAUGGAAAGUCAUGGAACAUUACAACGGAUGUAUUUGGUCCAAUGUUGGGAGAUGUGCUCAUACCAAAGAGAAUGAGUUGUAGGUGGAGCGAACAGAGAAAUAAAUUGUCAGAGGGAACUGUUCCCCUUCCAUUAUUGUCAGCCAUUCAUGCCAAAGAGGAAAAAAAUACUAAAGAGUUUCAUGAAUGGGUAGAGUUUUCUCCAUAUGAAGUAAGCAUUCAACAUUAUGGAGCGGCAAUUGACAUGACAAAUUUUGGAAGCAAAUUUGACAAAGGACUACUUACACAACGAUUCGAUGAAAUCCCUCUUUUCGAGAUAAUGGGUAUAUGUGGGAGUGCCUAUACAUUAACGCACGAAGAGUUACUGAACAAAGAUUCUAUCAACUUCAAAACUGUAGAAAAAUCUGCCGAUCCUUCCAGAAGUCAUGAAAUAAAUGAUAUCGAAAUCGAUGCCCAACAUUCAAUUAACGAGGGUUACUAUUCUGACAAUGAUGAUGUAUUCCAUGAAGAAGACGAAGAAUAUGGAUUUCAUCAAUCUAAUGUCUCAUCUCCUAGUAAAGAAGAACUGGCUGAAAUGGAAGAAUUGUUUAAAAGAAUUUGCCAGAUACGCAACCAAGAAGGACGUAAAUUUGAAGAGGAAACAAACGGAAAUGAAAACGAUGAUAUCAACGAUGAGGCAAAUUUAAAUCGAGGAAGCAGUCGAUUUAUGCAUAGUUGUUCAUUAGAAGGAGACGUGGAAAUUGAUGGUGCCUUUGACUACUCAAAAACGUUUGUAAUGGAACAUUGCAUGAAGACUAGACGGCAUAGGGCGGCAAUGGUCAAUAAUCCUUUCUGGAAUGUAUCUUUUGAUGAAACAGAUAGUGCCUGUUGCCAAGGAAAACCAACUUCUUCGCCUAAGAAUCUAAUGAAGAAUGACCUUGAGAAGUUAUGUUUGAUCGAUGCUGGCUUAGCGUUCAACUCUCCGUACCCACUUCUCUUCCAACCCGGUAGGGACGUAGACCUCAUCCUGUCAUAUGAUUUUACAGACCGUAAAAAAGAUUCUAAUGAACCUUUCAAGACAUUACUAACAGCAGAGGAUUGGGCAAGAAAACAUGACAUCAAAUUUCCAAAAAUUAACGUUGACAUUUACGAAGGCAAAGAUGUGCAAGAACUUUACGUUUUUGAAGAUGAAAAUGAUCCCGAAUGUCCUAUUAUCAUGCACUUUGUAUUAGUGAAUAAAGACUUCCGACUUUUUAAAAAACCAGGAGUCGAACGAAGUGAAAGUGAAAAGGAGUUCGCUAACUUCACUGUAUAUGAUGAUCAGUCAACAUUCCACUGCACCAACUUCCAGUACAGUGAGAAGAAUUUUGACAGAUUGUCACAACUUUCGGAAUUCAUAGUUUUGAAUAACACUGUUCAUAUCGAGGCCUGUAUAAGGAAAAGCAUAAAAAAUAAACAGAAUCGGAAAAAGCCUGAACGGCAAAGGCACGUUUCGUCGCCUGUGUAACAUUUGUCUACUUGUAUAAAAAUUCAUCUAAAUGCACAAAGACGGAAAUCGAAUAAAUCAUGGUUUGACAACGAACGCAGUCAAAAAGAAAAAAGACAAGGCGCACUUUAAGAUUAUACAGACUAUGUAUAUCAUAAUUUUGUACUUUUAAAAUAUCGUAAUGUAUUUGUUUACCUUAACUAUUUUACAUGUAUUCAUAUUGUAUGUUUCUCUGUAAACUUGUAUUUAGUUUUUAGUUUUUAGAGAAUAGAGUACCUACCUAUCUAUCUAUAGAAUAGGACAACUGUAAUAACUAUAUCCAUAGAUAUAUGAAGAUGUGGUGUGAGUGCCAAUGAGACAGCUCUCCAUCCAAAUAACAAUUUUAAAAAAGUAAUCCUUUUUUUCAAAUCUAUACUGUUCGUUAGACAUUCUUUCUGUUAUUUGUCUAAGCAAUGCUUCUUUUACAACAAUGGUGAUAUGUAGUUUUGAGUAUCUUAUUGUGACGAUUCUUGGCUGUCAUUAAUGUUCUGCAAAUUAAUGCUUUGGGUUGAUUUUUUGAUUGAUUAAUUGAGUUGUUGGUUGCUUAACGUUAAUAUUGCAUUUGCCUUGAUAUGUGUUAUGGCUAUAUGAUUUUGCCGAGAUAGGUAACGAUACAUCAAUUUCAAACGGUUUAACAAAGUAUGUAAGUUACCGUUUAAUAUAUACCAAUUGCAUUUCCGUUAAUAUUAUGAAAAGUGUCCAAGUAGUGCGGUGAUGGAAAAGGGAAAAGUCGAUUAUUAAAAGAAUUUAAUUUCACAUCAGGGUAUGCGGCUUAAAAUUGUCACAGUCCUAGAAAAAUGAUUCAACUUGAAAUUAAGAUUGGUCGUCAAAAGGUCGCAUGGUGCAGGUUAUUUUUUAUUUUAGCUUUUAGUCAGCAAAUUUGACCUCAAAUGCAGAUUAUUAGUGGCAAGCAGUUUGGUUUUUUUUUAUUCAAACGCUGCCAACAAAUAUCGUUCUUUUUGUUUUAUUCAAACACCACACAUAAUGUUCUAUGCAUUUGGCGAAAAGGGUAAUUAUAAAAGCCUUUUGAUGACAAAUUAUAAAGGUAAACAUUUCUGUAACCUGGAAAAAUGAGUGUUUCGCCUGAUUCAUAUAAUAAAGCGCUGAUGAAUGGAUUAUUUCAUAAAGACUAUAAAGUAAUAAAACUGCAAUUUUUCUAUUUAUGUAUAUACAAAUUUGAGAGGAAAGAUUGUGAAACACGAUAUUUUUUUUUAAUUCUAUCCCAUGAUUAACAUAAAAUAAUUCCGGAUAGUUGUAUCCCGUCCAUAAUUGUGCUGAAUACAUAGUUUUCCACAAAUA